AUGAUCGCCGCCUUAAUACUCGCCUGGGUCUCCGCGACCACGGCUACUUCUGUCGUCCGCCCGCCGCAGCCUCGAGAAACACUGCUCGUCGACACCCGCGUGCCGGUGCUUGUUGGCGACGAAUGGAUGAUCAUGUCUCAGGAGGAGCAUCAACGACAUCUUCGCAAAAGGGAGGAAUCAGACGGCGGCGAGAUCACGACAACAAUCACGGUGGAGACUUCGACAGCGACAGCGAGCCCGACAACAACGACCUACGUCUCUAGUCCGCUACCCAGCCCAUUCGACACGGCGAUAGCCUCCAACUUUUCGAGCUCUGAUGGAGAUGGCUGCGCAGACUUCAUAAACGACCUGCUCGUCAAUCCGGACUUCAAGUCCUGCUAUGCCUUCUCCAUGUUAAUACAGGGCUCCAACUCCUUUUUCCAAGCAGAGAAGUCACUCGUGAGCAUCACACAGGUUCUGGACGCGACAUGCAACGGACCCAAUGUCACCUUCUGUACCAAAUACAUGAACGAUGCCGCCAAAAAUCUCACCGAUUCGUCAAACUGCGCCACGGAUUUCGAGCUCGAGAACUCCCUCGUCGUUCAGGUCUACGCAGGGUUGAAGGCGUAUCAGCCCAUGUAUAGCGCAUCGUGCCUAAAAACCGCAGACACGUCAGCAUACUGCUUUGCAAAUGCAGUCACCAACAGGAGCGCGCUCGCCGACGUCUACCUGUACUACCUGCCGCUCAACAUAUCAUACCCGAAUAGCACAGUGCCAAACUGCAACGAGUGCACGCGUAGCACGAUGGGGAUAUUCCAGGCGGCGACUGCCGACCGCGACGCCUACAUAGCCAAUACGUACGCAGACGCCGCCGACACCAUCAACGCCGAAUGCGGCGUCAGCUACGUGAACGCGACGCUUCCACAGGCCAGAGUCAGCAACGCCGCGACAUCGGUAGCUCAAGCGCCGCCGCUGCUGCUUCUGCUUUCUUUCGGCUUCAUGGCGUUCUCGCACUGGAUUCUAUGA